AUGCCGCCGGACCAGCUGGCUUCCAGUGUGCACCGCUUCCGAGUCCGCCAGCCUGCUGCGAGGGCAUCCCGGCGCUCAGCCUCGCCUCCUCUACGACGGGAUGAAGCAACAUCAUCGUCUCACGUCCUGCAGUCGCCGUCUACCAAUGGCGGAGGUAGUGGAGGCAAUGGUCAGCAGCUCACGCCGGCCUCAUCGUCGUCGCGUCGCCCAUCAUCAGGUCCUGGGCUGAGCCGGUCGAGCACAGCAGCAGCAGCAUCAUCAGCACCCUCGCCCAGAUCUGGCAAGGAGAGGACACCCGCCUGCGAUCGCUGCCGCAGCUUCAAGAAGAAAUGCAGCCGGACGUUCCCCGUCUGCAGCCUGUGCGCGAGCGCCGGGCACACAUGCUCCUUCUCGACGCCCGCCACGUCUCCCGGCGCGCAGACUCUGCAUCUGCGCGCGCGCAUCGAGUGGCUGACCAGCUUCAUCAACAACAAUGUCUACGUCCCCGGCCUCGACGGCGUCCAGUCCAUCGACACGGGGACCAACCUGGAGUCGCUGCUGGGCGGUGCCGUGAGCCCGUACGGCAGCGACAAGGCGGCUGCAUCGGCGUCCAUCAACGCGUCUUCAAACGCGGCGAGCAAGAGCAGCAGUGGUAGUCGUCCCGAGGGCAUCGCUCGCGGUGAGAUGGCCCAGUUCCCCAAGACGCAGCCGCACCAAGAGAAGGGCAGCAUGCCGGCGCCUGGCCUGCCUCACGACCGGACCCCGAGUCUGGUAGCGACGGUCAACUCGGACUCGCCUGUGUCGUGCCAUAGUCGCGGGCAGAUGACGAUCGACGGCUCGCCAAACAACAGCAUCGCGACGCCGGGGGCCAUCGAGCUGAUGGCCCACGGGGAGAUGGACCACUCCAACCUCACGGUGCUGGCGCAGGACACUCUGGCUCGACGGCUCGUGGACGCGUACUUCCGCAAUAUUCACAAGGCGUAUCCCUUCAUCAACAAGUCCAAGCUGCUGCGCAACGCCGACGUGAUCGGCACGCUGGCUAGAAAACGCGGCGGCGCUGAUUCCACCCUGCUGUAUCUCGUCAUGGCCCUCGGCUGCACCACGCUGCAGAGAGCUGGCCAGAUCCCCCAGGAUGUGUCGUCAACCUUCCACAUCUCGUACUCGGACAUCAUCCAGGAGUGUCUUACUAGGCAGGACGAGGUCGAGGCGCUGCAGAUCCUCGUGCUGCUGGCUUUAUACGCGCUCUUCGACCCCAAGGGAACGUCGACGUGGUCUAUCACCGGUCUCGCCGCGCGUCAGGCCAUGCUGGCAGGUCUGAGCCGCAAGGAGCCGGACGAGAAGGUCCAGGCGUCAUCGGCCAUGGACAUCGAGUUCCGGUACCGGCUGUUCUGGAGCAUCUUCGUGCUGGACCGGAUGGUGGCCAUCUCGCUGGGCAUCCAGGUCGCGCUGGUCGACGAGAACAUGGAUGUCCCGCUCCCUGGACUGACCAUUGACGAGUUCGCCUCGCCGGAGCGCCAGCAGUAUGCGUCCAUGCUUCAGACCAACCGCCAUGUUAUACAUCUUCGACAGCUCGAGGAUCGGAUCCUCCAGCAGAUCCACACCAGGAAAGAGUCAGAGGUCGCUGCCUUGUCCCAGGCAGACCGGCAGGCCAUUGCCAAAGAGAUCAAGUCCGAGGUAGAGAACUGGUAUAGCAACGGGUGUCUGGCGUCGCCUCUCGAGACGGAUAACGUGCCUAUCCAUAGUUCCGUGACAUGGCUGAGUGCGAGAUACUACCAUCUGCUGCUCCUGCUGCACUACCCGUGCCAUUUCAACUCGAGCGGCUCCAUCAUCUCGCCGGCAGAGCUUUUCAGGCUGGCCCAGAAGCACCUGCAGUCGACCUCUGUGCUUCUCCAGCAGCGGCAGUUGCCUCUCAACCGCGUCACGCUCUGCCGCAUCUUCCCCGUCGGUCUGAUCCUGCUACACUGCUUCCUCUCGUGCCCCGUCGACUGUGUCUCAUACUCGGCCAGGGACGACGUCGCCGUCAUUGUCAGCAUACUGGAAGCUUUCCCCGAGGGCUGGCUACACGCUCGCCAGGCCGUCCAGAUCUUCAGACGUCUGAUGAACCUCGUGUCCUCCAAGGGCUCCUCCACAGCAGGCUUCAUAAAUGUCACAACGGGAUACUACGAGACCGGGCUCAAGGCCAUCAUCGACGAGUUCCUGGCUCUCAUGCGGCAAGUCCUGGGCCGGUCUACUUGCUACGCACUGUACAAAUUCCCAGAUGAUGCCGGGGCUCACGAAUCCUCUUCUUCGACGACGGCCUCGGGGAUGAAUGGUGCCAAUGGCCAGACGCUCAGCUCGCUGCCUGUCGGGCCGGCGAUGCACGUGUCUGGCGGGACGAGCAUGCCUAGUGAUGAGUACGGCUGGACCAACUUGGAGUUGGGCUUUUUAUAA